AUGGACGAAAGCGAAGCCUCAAAACCACAGCAGCCGGACGGCAAGGGGUACGGCCACGAAAGCGAUAGAGAGGUUGGCGAGCCGUACAAGUACACGCCUCUGCCCGAGCCCGAGCCCACCGAGCCUGGACAAGAUCCCUUCUGGGAGCCGAAGACGCUCUGGACGCGGUUGACAACCAUCCACCCAGGAGAGUACGACGAUGACAUCGUGGUCGACCUUACCAACGUCGCUUUAGAGGAGACGGCUGAAAGCCAGCUUCGUGACAAGGACGUAUACGACCCAGAGUACCGUGUGGCAGCCGUGUCGUGCUUGGAACAUUACGAAGCGCUGUCAUAUGUUUGGGGUAGCCCGGAAAACCCCAGUCGUGUUAUCGUUGGCGAGGAGGGGCGGAGCCUCCCCAUCACCCGGAACCUGGACGUUGCCAUUCGCCACCUUCGACCAGAAAAGUACUACCGAUAA